AUGCGUGUUCCGCCUUUGCUUUGUUUACUGUCUGGCUUGAUCCAAGUCCAGCUUGUCAUAGGGAAAACCAAUUUCACAUAUGAUCAAAAGAGCUUUUAUCUCAAUGGCGAGCCUUUUCAGAUCAUCGGUGGUCAGAUGGACGCCCAGCGUGUUCCAUGGCAAAGCUGGCCAUCCCGGUUCUCGUACGCUCGUGCCAUGGGUUUAAACACUAUCUUUACCUAUGUCUAUUGGAAUCUGAUCGAAGACCAACCUGGCCAGUAUAUCACCAAUGGAAGCAAUAAUAUUUAUGCGUAUGUACAGCAGGCCCAGGAGGCAGGACUCCAGGUUGUGCUGCGGGUUGGACCAUACAUCUGUGGUGAACGUGACUGGGGUGGAUUCCCAGCGUGGCUGAACAAUGUUGGCGAUAUGACAGUGAGGUCUAACAAUGACGCUUUUCUGAACCAGACGCAAUCAUGGCUAUCAUGGUUGGGAAAUUGGUUGAAUCCUUUAGCGAUCGGAAAUGGGGGGCCGGUCAUCAUGGCCCAGAUCGAAAACGAGUACGGCUUCUAUGGUAGUGAUCACACCUACACGGGUGCCCUUUCGUCACAAUUCAACUCGACUUUUGAUUCCAGCAUCGUCUUUUACACAAAUGAUGGCCCUUCAAGUGCUCUUCAGAGCGGCGAGAUCCCUUACGUUCUUGCAGAGACCGACGGAAGUGUAUAUGAUAUGCUUACGGCUCGACCGCAAUACGUUCAGGCCAGUAGUCAGGGUCCCAAUCUAGACGGGGAAUACUACAUCGCUGGGACAGAUCAAUGGGGUGUUAAUAAUACCCAUGCCUCGUUUUCUGGACAGCCGGAUCGCAUCAAAAGUAUCCAGGCAGAUUUAAGUGGUGCUUUGGCUAAUGGCAGCUCUUUUAGCAUCUACAUGUUUCACGGUGGUACCAACUUUGGCUUUAGCAAUGGUGCAUACUGGAAUAAUGACCGUACGAAUCCAAUCACCACUAGCUAUGACUACGGUGCUCCACUUGAUGAAACUGGCCGCCCUACAGACAUCUAUUAUGCACUUCGUGACAGCCUAAAACCUUACGCGAAGAACAUAACUUCUGUUCCAGAUGUCCUGCCUCUGGUUUCAAUCCCAUCAAUCAACGUCCAGCCUUCGUUCUACUUAUUUGACGGUCUUCCGGAUCCUCUGCAGAUGGAUCAGUUGAAAAAUAUUGAGCAGCUUAACCAAUGGUAUGGGUAUACCCUAUACCGCCAUGUCGCCAACAGUACUCUGUCCGGGCUUUUAAAUCUGAAUUACGGACCGAAGGAUCGAGUCAUCGUCUAUAUUAAUGGCCAACGAAAAGGCGUGCUAGACAGUAUCUACCCGAGAGACCAACAACAAAACAUUACUCUCACACUCUACGAGGGAGACAUCCUUGAUCUUUUGAAUGAGAAUUUGGGCCGAAUUCACUUCGGUUCAGAUAUCACAUCUCAAACGAAAGGCGUAUUUGGAGAUAUCACUGUGGGUAAUGACGAGAUUUCAGGCUGGAAUGUUUACACUCUGCCCUUGGAUGAAAUGCCAACCCCAUCAGUCGAUGCUCAGUCGCCCGUCGCAGUCUCGAAUUCAUCCACCCCAAUCAUUUACACCGGAAGCUUUGAUUUGACUACUGUCGGUGAUACAUUUUUGGAGCUUCCACAGUGGACCAAAGGUGUAAUUUGGGUUAAUGGUAAUAAUCUGGGUCGUUUCUGGACCAUUGGACCUCAACAGUCCUACUACUUACCCGGAGUAUGGCUGCAAGAGACGAACAACACCAUACAAAUACUCAAUUUGGAACCCACUGGACUUGAGGGGACAGUUGUCGGUGUAACAAACCGGACUUGGGCGAGCCAUCCAGAUCCAGAUGCUGCUUAA